AUGCGGACGGAUGCCGAACACAGCAGUGUCGUCGAGGUAGAAUCGACCCACGCCCCGACAACCAUCCCGGAAGAGCCGACGCCUGUCUCGCCAGCGUCACCUGCCAUCCCCGUCGAUGUGGGGCCAGAAGCAUCCGAAGCAGCGCGGCAAGCACAAUCGAGUGCCCUGCCAGAACAGCCGAAACAACCAGCGGGCCGCUUCAUCGAAAACAUCUCGUCGGACGGAUCCCGCGCUUCCGCCGAAGAUGAGGCUGCGACCGAGUCCAAUGCAGCUGCAGCAACUGCGCCCGGCGGCGUUCCUGAGGCAGAGAUGAAGCAAGCACGCUCUUCCAAGCCAACCUCGAACGUCUUUCGUCGAGUCUCCGCAAAGAAAGGCGCUCAAACCAGCAAAGCGGAUGCGAGGGCGUCGUCCUCACAGUCUCAGCGGCCGGCCAGCGGCAACGAACAUCACGUCUCGCCAAGCACCGAAAGCAGCACGCAGAAGGCCAGUCCGCAUCCCAACGAUCUCAGUUCGUCUUCCGACGAAGGUGCUCGCCACUUCAGAGCGUUCAAGAAGAUCAAGGGUGAAACCUCAGAUGAUCAUGCGGCGACGCACGAUUCCGUCGACCCAGAAAACAAAGACGACGAAGACGAUGAUGACGAGGAAGAGCAUCCUAUCUUGGAUGCCCUCUACCCUCUGUCCCACUUCAUCGGCUACCGCCCGCUUUCGCACCCUCACACGCCGGCCGAGCGUCGUCGAACAUCCAAGCAUCCCAAGUUUAACCGAUUCCACUACAUCUGCGGCCGCAUCUUCAGCUUUGGCCUUCCGGUGUCGGGCAACUCGGGCGAGAUUGCAAGGUAUCGCCAUCCAUAUACGGGUGAGAUCGAGUUGGUGCGCAUGUACAAGGACCAGGUGGGCGCCAAAAUCAUCAAUUCGAUCCACUCGGUCAUUGCUGCCUGGGUCGUCAUCGCCCUACUCGCACUCGUCAGUCGAUCGCGUUUCCAUCGCGCGCAUGAUGCUCCUCUCGUCAUUGGUGCAUUCGCAACCGAAGCUGUCGUCACCUUCUUUGCGUUUCGAACUCCACUGGCUCAGCCCAAGAACAUUCUGAUGGGAAACACCAUCUCGGCCGUGAUCGGUGUGGCCAUGGAAAAGGCGUUCGCAGACACACGAUACAGCGUCGACGCCAUCUAUGGUAUCGAUUGGGCCGUGGCGGCCACUUCGGUCGCCGUAGCCGUGUUUGCGAUGCAGAUCUUUGGAUUCACUCAUCCGCCCGGUGCAGCGAUCGCGCUUUUGGCCAUUACAGAUCCGAAGACACAUCAGCUGUAUUGGUGGCUCAUCCCCAUUGUCAUCAUCAAUUCGCUCAUUGUCAUUGGCUGGGCGCUCUUGAUCAACAAUGUCGGUGGAAGAAGGUAUCCGGAGAACUGGUUCUACUCGAACGCAUUUUCCGAACCGCCCGUCAUCGGUCCGGAAAAGCUGCCGUUCAGCAAUUCGCCGUUCCAUCCACCGCCUUCUCGACACGGGCAGAAGAGAAAGCGAGGAAAGAAGGACGAGAAGGAGGAGGAAAAAGGGUUCUACAGAGUGCCUGAUUCUGGUGUCAAGAUUUCUCAAGGGUUUGGCUCGUCGGCAGCAAAGGCUCAGCCGGAGCCGCAGCCCAAGCCGACUGUCGCUGCCGCCUCGAGCGAUGCAUCGCACAACGUGGGUGAGGCAGGGAGGGUUCGUCACGAGGAGCAAUCCAACUUGCCAGCUGUAGCUGGGGCGCGUCAGUCUCUUGGUGUAGCUGCAAGCGGGGCGGGGCGGGCGGGCGGGGAGGAUGGGAGGAUUACGAGAGCUUCAGAGGUGACCAAAGUCGAAUCGACUGACGAGGCAACUGUUGCGCAACCGCAGCCGAACCAGGGUAGUGCUGCGGCGACACAGCAGCAGUCUGCCGCUCCAGCUUCGGCAGUUCCGCCUGCGGUUGCGCCCGUUGCCACGACUGCGCCGACUGAAGAGGCGACUGCAUCGGUCGCGCCCAAUGCGUCGCCAUCGACUGCCCCAGCCGCACCAGCUAACACCACGGAUGUCAAGUCUCGCAUGAUCGAGACUGACGCAACCAUGGUGGCGAGAAACAAUUCCAAGGGUAGUAAGAGGAGCAGAAGGUCGAUCGUGGUGCACGUCAACGAGAAUAGGAGGCACUCGGACGCUUCAGGCAAGGCUCCGCCGGUGCCUGCAGUGCAGUGGCGAAACACCUAA